AUGAGUCUAUCCCUCAAUCCCAAACCUUUCCUCAAUGGACUAACAGGAAAGCCAGUAACAGUGAAACUUAAGUGGGGAAUGGAGUACAAGAGUGACCUGGCAUCUGUACAUGGCUAUAUGAACAUGCAGCUUGCAAACACAGAAGAAUACAUAGAUGGGGCAUUGUCUGGACAUCUGGAGGUGUUAGAGAAGAAGCGAGAGGAAAUGAGAGAAUAG